AUGGCAGAUUUCGAUGUCCGGGAAGCAAAGUGUUCUGAGCCUUCUGACCGCGAUGCCAUCGAGAAGCAACUGCAGGAGGUCUUUAGCAAUUGUGACUUGCCCACUCGCCGCGCUGAUGCCGUGGAUGAGGGGGAGGUGAAGGUUCAGCAGUUUGUGCACUACCCGGCUACCGAUGAUCCGUUGGACCGCUUCAAUGCCUACGUUCGAGGGAUCCUUCGUGACAUUGUCGUGAUGCAGAUUGGCGAUGAAAUCCACGUACCGUGGCCAUUGUGCUUGACGGCCUGCCUACCGAUGAUCCUCUACUCAGCUGUGAACGUGCUGGGCUGUGACAACGGCUCUUGCGACGAAUCUGCGCGGCUGGCAGGUUGUUCCUCAACGCUACAGUACAUUCUGGCCCAGACGUUGAGCUGGGUACUCGUCAUAUUGCUGACAUUCCCACUGACCUAUCCUGUAAUGCUCCGCAUGCUUAGAUGUAUUCUGUCGUUUGGCGAUGCCCCGGUGCAGCGCUGCGCGGCUUUCUUGUGUUGCUUCCUGGCUUAUGAGUACACCUAUAUGUGUGGUGGCUUGAUUUUGGGCGCCUGGGUUCCUCUUGUGCAAGACUACUCCCCAACUCAGCUCAUGUUUUUCCUGCUGGUGGUGAUCUUGAUGGUCGUCCAGUCCCUCUGCUUGUUUUACCGAUGGGAAAGACAAGACCGGGAAAACCUGACAUCGUGUCGCUGUGUCAAACGACAGGUCGCGACAUAUCAGGCAAUGGGCGCCGAAAGUGGUGUGCCUUUGGCAUCUUUCGACGAAUCUCCCCUCUAA